UACACAGACCCUCUAUUUUCAAGUUCGGGGGGUCUGGAAAACAGGCUAAAAACUUCUUGAUUCACCACUUCUGCUCUAACUAUAGCUGUUUGAUUAAUGGUUAAGUCUGUUUAUGGAAAAUGAAUACAAUUAUCUACUUUUAAUGAUUGGGAAUGACGGCACUUUACUUAUCUUUUGAUACGAUUCACGAUAUUAAUAAAUAAUUAGUUAGCUUUGCCCUAGUGGAUAUCUAUUUAAUUCGGCAAUUGCUUCAUUGAUACAAUCUCCAUACUGACUUAAUUAUUUAAAGAUAAACUUGACUUUUUUAUUGACUUGUUACUUGAAUUGAAUUGAUUUCUGGCAUGGCAACCAAAUAUAAACUUUUGUUUAUGAAGCUCCAGUGCUCAGUAUCUCAGACCAAGUUGACGACGCCGGGCCAGUGAUACGCAUUUCUAAAUCAGGCAAAAUCUACGUCUUGUUUUCGCAUUGAAGAGAGUUGCUGAAAAUGCCAACAAGAAAAUAUGUUUUCCUGACACGUUGUCUACUUGUGCUUACUUUGAGCCAAGUAAUCCACGGGGAGGAUAAUCGAGGCUCAGCAAUGUUCGAAGUUAUUCACAACCCAUAUAUGGAACUGACCAGCAUGUUUCAUAAAUCGUUUCAUCAAUGUAGUAAAAGUAGUCCGUGCAAUUUUGUGGUGAAGGAUAUGACAACAAACAAGUAUGAAACACACAAUAAGGAAGGAGAUAUAACUCAAGACCGGAGAAAGCUGAUAAUAUGGAAAAGAAAAAGAAAAUAUUCCUGUCUUGAUUGGCGAUACGACUCUGCAAUGAUUAAUGGGAUAUACAGAAUAUCAGAUGAUGACGGGGGCGAAUUCAACGUUUACUGCGAUUUCACAUCAGAGCCAAACUCUGUAUGGACCCUGAUCGAAUCGUUCUCUUUGGGUAAAAAUCAUCUGUUCAAAGACUGGCCAUUCACAAUUGAUUUUCCGUACUUGGAAGAUUCUCCAAACUGGGACAAUUACAGACUCAGCAAGACAAGGAUGGAGAAAAUCAAGUCAACAUCAACCCACUGGAGAGCAACAUGCAGUUUCGAUAUUUUUGGUAUUGAUUAUCGAGAUUAUGCCAGAUUCAAACUCUCUGCAUUUGAUCCUCUUUGCUGUUACGUAAAUGCAUCGCCUAAACUUGUUGAGUUGGUAAACAUUAGAGGGCACAUCGCUAAAGAUCAAUUGGUCAACUUUUGGCAACCUGAAAAUGCCCAUCUUCACAUUGACUCUCAAGAAAAUACCAAUUUUUUGCAAGCAAGAGAAGGAUCCGUUUUAACUGAAGAUAAUUUUGGAUUCUAUUAUGGCAUAAACUCAGCAUUUAGGUGCACUGCCAAUGCCAGCAGCACCACUCAACAUUGGAUUGGAAUAUACUACCCUUGAUUCAAUUUUUUGUGAUUACUUUAAUCAGGGCUGCAUUGAUAAUUUUGAGGACCUAGCCGAAAAAUUAUAAUUGGGGCUCCCAUAUCGACAUAAGUACCUCAUAAUUACGCCACCGUUAACAAUUUUUAUAAAAGAUCAAAACAAACGAGUGGAUUGUGUUACCCAAGAAAAUAUCUUGCGAUUAAAUGAGUAAACUGUUUAAAUUGCCCUGCAUUUCGUCAUAAUUCAAUUCUUUAAAGUAGUUGCUCAGCUAUAGGCUGCUUUCUUUUCUUUGCAGAAGCAAAGGAUCCCUUCUUAUGCUUUUGGCCUCAAUUAGCCACUAGAAAUAGCUCUUAACACAACCUCUAUUGUAGCUCUAUUGUAGAGAUAAAAUUAACGUUUGCUCUCUUUGAAGAAGAGAAGCUUCUUUUCACCUAUAGCCACUCCACAUAGCAAGGCAAGCUCUUUAAUAUAAUAGAGGUAAAGUAAUUAUGGCUACAGAUGUGCCAGAAGUAAAUAUUAUUUGUUCGAAAGUUAGAUUUUGAUCAUUUCUCAUAAAUUCUUGCCGAAAAAAUCUGACCAUUCCAGAAAAUUUGAGGCGCAGUGAUCUCUUUGUUUCAUGUGGCAAAGGUUUCAAUGUAUGGGUCCAUUGGAAUAGAGAUUUUGACCUAUUGCAGUAUUUCCUCGUAUCAUAUUGUAUAUAGCUUCAGAGCUAAGCAAUCAUGAAAAGCUUUUGGGCACUUUGCACUAGAUCUUUUCAUGUUGUUGCAUAUUAAAAGAAAAUUCAUGUGAAUUCUGCACUUUCACUUUAAGCCAAAUUUGGUUUAUUUUUAAUGAUUCAUCUUAUUGUUAUUGCAGCUGUUGUUACAUUAUCUUUUCCAACAAAAUGAUUAUAGUACACUUCAAAUGCAGAGACUUGAAUGCACCUUUGGAAUAAACAUAGACGUGUUAAGUUACUUAUUGAACAUCAUACUGUGCAAUAGUAAAACUGUAAAAUGGUAUAGAUAUCAUCACACAUUGUCAACUUAUAUCUUUUUUCUAGCUUUAAGUCUUCAAAUUAGAUAUUGGUUGCUAAAGCGCUUACUUAGUCUAUAUCUGCUACAAGAACCCAAUAGGCCACUGCUAAAUUUUUAACAUAAACGUUUCCUUGGCAGCAUAUUUUGUAAUUAUUAAAUUCUAAAGAAUUUUAGUCAUAAAUAUUUAAGAUUUGAAAGUCGUUCUCAAUAGCGGUCCAGAGUUAAAUCUGACUACUUUACAAAGAAGAAAAUAAGAAACAAACAAAUGCUGGGUCUAGGGGUGUGGUCACAAAAAUGCUUUUUCCAAAUGUGCAAGAGCCACUGAGAAAUGCUACGGCGUCUUCAAAUUGCGUCACAAAGAUUUUUUGAAUGGCAUUAAAUCGAAUAUUUUUGAUAGCAAUUGACACGAAAAUGCAUAAAUAACACUUGCUUGAUAGUUACGUCUUCAAAACGGUAAUUAUUCAAUUUACAUAGCCGUGAUAAAUUACUUAUUGCACACCAUAGUACCGGUCUUGUGCUUGCGUUAUUUUGAUUGGCCUAUUUUGAUCCACAACUGGGUAUAUAUUUUGCAAAAAAUAUUUAUCAUUUUUAUCAGCGUUUGCGUCAAUCUUUUUUUUACCAAACUUACUAUUGAGAUUGGCUUAUACACAAGAGCCGCUAAUAAUCUAAUAAAUAAGGUAUAUAGUAGAAUUCAAGAUCUGAUUAAUAAUCGACGUAUUGCUUAUCAUGUUAUGAAAGUUUGUGUCUACUAAGACCCCCCUCACAUGAACAAUUUCAGGCCGGUCUGAAACUCAGAUCAGCUUGAAAUUUG